AUGAUUUUGAUAUUAAAUAGCCCAACAAGGAUUAUUAUUUAUGUUCUAAAAUUAACUAAUGUAUCUAUUACUUUUAUUUAUCAAUCUAUCCCUUUUCUUUUUCUAUCUAUAUACCACUUUUCUCUGUCUACCACAUUACUUUAUCUAACACUUUUCUUUAUCUAUCUAUCCCUUUUCUUGAUCUAUCACUUUCUUUAUUUAUUUUUCUUAUCUCUUUCUUUUAUUUAUCUUUCCCUUCUUUUUCUUAUCUAUCUCUUUUUUUAUAUAAUCUCUUUCCUUUCUUUAUCUAUCUCUGUUCUUUAUCUAUUUAUCACUUUUCUUUAUCUAUCUAUCUGCUUGUUGCCUUAUGGAACACAAAGUCUCCACCCAGUCUGUAGCUGCCACAUGCCUCAUUUCAAGAUCACCAGUCCACUGCUUCCCCCUCUGUCUCCACAAUCCUUCCAGCAUGUUGCUCUUGGUCUUCCCCCUCCCUGUUUUCCUUCAUUGACCAGUUUCUAUCUAUCUAUCUAUCUCUCUGUUAUAGUCUGUUUCUAUCUAUCUCUCUGUUAUAGUCUGUUUCUAUCUAUCUCUCUGUUAUAUCUGUUUCUAUCUAUCUAUCUAUCUCUCUGUUAUAGUCUGUUUCUAUCUAUCUAUCUAUCUCUCUGUUAUAGUCUGUUUCUAUCUAUCUCUCUGUUAUAUCUGUUUCUAUCUAUCUAUCUAUCUCAGUCUGUUUCUUGUAGUCUGUUUCUAUCUAUCUAUCUUAGUCUGUUAUCUAUCACUUUCGGUCUGUUUCUAUCUAUCUAUCAUAGUCUAUUAAUAUCUAAGUCUGUUUCUAUCUAUUUAUCUAUCAUAGUCUAUUCGUAUCUAUCUAUCUAUAUCUAUCUCAGUCUGUAUCUAUCUAUAUCUAUCUCAGUCUGUAUCUAUCUAUAUCUAUCUCAGUCUGUAUCUAUCUAUAUCUAUCUCAGUCUGUAUCUAUCUAUAUCUAUCUUAGUGACACAUGGCACAUAUAUGGCUUCCACAGAAUGUUUCCACUCUGCCCUGUCCACAGCUACCAGUUUUUCCCCACCCCAGGAUCACAAGACUAUUGCUUUUCUGUCUUUCUCCAUAGGCUUUCACCAUAUCGUUCUUGGUUUUCUUUUUCCUUCAGGCAUGUCUCUUUUUAAUUCUUUUAAAAAGAAACUAACUUUGAAUUCUUCUUUCUCUUUUUUCUACAUCUUUAUGUUCUGUUUCUAUCUUUCAACAUCUCUCACUUUCUUUCUCUGUGAAUGUUUCUCACUUUCUCUCUCAUCUUCAAUGUUCUUCCUUCUCUUUAUAUUUCUUCUUCUCUUCAUAUUCCACCCUCUUAACUCUCACUCUCUAUAUUCCUCCUCCUUAAUCAUAUCCAUCUCUCUUUCCUUCACUUUAGUCCCUCUUCCUCUUUUAUAUGAUUUCUCCUCUUCAAAAAUUUACUCCUCUUCCCACUUCUCAUACUGCUUCUAG